GUUCUUCUUGAAAUUUUUCCUCAAAUGUAACCAAAAUUGCCUAAAAAAUGCAGGAAACCCUCGAGACAUGCGUCGAUUCCAGGUUGUGGUGUCUACAACAGUCAAUGUCGAUGGCCAUGUGUUGGCAGUGUCGGACAAUAUGUUUGUACACAACAAUUCCAAGCACGGGCGGAGAGCUCGAAGACUCGAUCCCUCGGAAGGUACGCCUUCUUAUCUGGAACAUGCUACACCAUGUAUCAAAGCCAUCAGUCCAAGUGAAGGAUGGACUACAGGAGGUGCCACUGUCAUCAUCAUAGGAGACAAUUUCUUUGAUGGGUUACAGGUCAUAUUCGGCACCAUGCUGGUUUGGAGUGAGCUGAUUACUCCUCAUGCCAUCCGUGUACAGACGCCUCCCCGACAUAUCCCAGGGGUUGUAGAAGUCACAUUGUCCUACAAGUCUAAGCAGUUUUGCAAGGGAACACCUGGAAGAUUCAUUUACACAGGCCUGCAGGAAAUGGACCAAUUGGAAGUUGGGAUACAGUAACAUUCUCCAGCAUCACUCCAGCCGAUGGGAGUUUUUCACAAUGUUCUUCAGUGAACUCAGUGUUCUGGAACAUAUUACAAAACCACAGAGGCCAAAUGUUUUCUCAGAGGAGUUUGGCCUCUGUUUUUGGCCGAAAACAUUUCAGCAUCACUUGCUGCUUAUUUACCCUGCUAUUAAGAACAAGGGGAGAGGAG